UGAGUAGAAGAAGUACUAGUACUAGGUCAGACAAUUGUUAAACCCGACAACAUCAAAAACUUCGAGAAACCCCAAAAACAACACAACACAACCUGCCGAUUUUGUUGUCUUGCUGUUCUGUUCUGUUCUUCCCACCGAAACUCAUCAAACGUGAUUAUUCAUUCGCUCAGAUUAUUGUUAAUCAAGUGUUAAGAAAAGGUUAAUUUUUGGGUGUGAAAUCAGUGACCCAGAAUCUGAUUGAUUGAUUGAUCAAUAGUGGAAUGCAGAAACGGAAAUUCAUUUCGUUGGUAUUGUUGAGGAAGUUGUUAACUGCAGCGAUUAUCUCAAUUACUUUUCUUGCUCUAUUCACUGGUCAUUUACACAUUCCUUCUUCUAAGGAUCACAAGUUCAAUAACAAGUUCCCUACGGUUCAAAACUUGCAACGGACACAAGAGCUAGCUCCACCCCAUUUAUCCAAACUACCACUUUCUACUUCCAAGUUGAAUCGUUUAAGAGGGGAUUCUGAUUACGUGAAGCUGUGGAAGCCUCCAUCAAAUCGUGGGUUUCUUCCUUGUACAAAGCCUACUCCUAAUUACACCGCUCCUGCUGAGUCACGUGGAUAUCUUUUAGUUCAUACAAAUGGUGGGCUCAACCAAAUGCGUUCUGGGAUAUGUGAUAUGGUAGCUGUAGCUCGUAUCAUAAAUGCUACUCUUGUAAUUCCAGAACUUGAUAAAAGAUCAUUUUGGCAAGAUACUAGCAAUUUCUCUGAUGUUUUCGAUGAAGAGCAUUUUAUUAAUUCUCUAGCUAACGAUGUAAAGAUCAUUAAGAAGCUUCCCAUUGAACUGGUAAUGGUUAAUGAAACCGGAAUGGUUAAGCAGCAAUUCAGAAGCUGGUCUGGCAUGGAUUACUAUGAGAAUGAAAUUGCGAGAUUGUGGGAAGAUCACGAAGUUAUUCGUGCUUCAAAAUCCGAUUCACGGCUAGCGAACAACAAUCUACCUCCAGACAUUCAAAAGCUUCGUUGCCGAGCUUGCUAUGAAGCACUCCGUUUCUCUCCUCGUAUUGAACAAAUAGGAAAGUUGUUGGUGGAAAGAAUGAGGUCACGGGGUCCAUAUAUUGCCUUGCAUUUACGUUAUGAGAAGGAUAUGCUUGCAUUUAGUGGGUGUACGCAUGAUUUAUCUCUAGAUGAAGCUGAAGAGCUACGGAUUAUCAGAGAGAACAUUUCUUAUUGGAAAGUAAAAGAUAUUGAUCCCGUAGAACAGAGGUCCAAAGGGUUUUGCCCCUUAACACCAAAGGAAGUUGGAAUUUUUCUUACUGCUCUUGGAUAUCCAUCAAAGACGCCGAUAUAUAUUGCUGCUGGAGAGAUUUAUGGGGGUGAGUCCCAUAUGGCUGAACUGCGAUCCCGUUAUCCAUUGUUAAUGAGCAAGGAAACGUUGGCAUCCAUUGAGGAGCUUGAACCCUUUUUUAAUCAUGCUUCUCAAAUGGCUGCUCUUGACUAUAUUGUAUCUAUCGAGAGUGAUGUAUUUAUACCCUCUUAUUCUGGAAACAUGGCAAGGGCUGUUGAAGGUCAUCGCCGUUUUCUUGGACGUGGUCGAUCAAUAUCUCCGGAUAGGAAAGCCCUUGUUCGUCUCUUUGAUAAACUAGAUCAGGGAACAAUGACUGAGGGGAAAAAACUGUCAAAUAGGAUUAUCGAUCUCCACAUUAGACGACUUGGCUCCCCCAGGAAAAGAAAAGGACCAAUUUCUGGAACAAAGGGCAUGGACAGGUUUCGCUCAGAAGAAACCUUUUAUGCUAAUCCCUUACCUGAUUGUUUAUGCCGGACAGAACCACCGUCCCGAAACAUCUCUGACAUUAUCAAGUAGAUCAGAUACUAACCCACUUGUUCCUUUGAAAGAUUCAUUAGUACAAAAGUGGAAGAGUGUAAAUAUCGAAAUUGGUUUUGCAUUACCCAUUUUUAUUUUUUGAAAAGGCGUUCUGCAUGAACCGAUUAAUUUGGGAAGGAAAAAAAAAUAAAGAAAAAAACAGAAAAGAAACCCAUAACUAGGUUUUGAUAGGUACACAAUUAUGUGCUGGGAUAAGAAGUUCUUGAAGGAUGGAGCUUUAAGAUGACUGGAUUCAAUUAUAUAGGCAAGGUUUUCAUAUAUGUGGCCAGGGAUUCAGUCUCACGUGUUAUUUUAUUUCUUAUUGAGAACUCCUACAUAGUUCCCCUUAAGUAGUAUUUAUUUUAUUUAAUUGAUUUAGUAUUUUAACUUUUUUUUAUAGGCAAAUGUUAGUAAGUUAGUGAUUAUGUUAAUUUUUUUUUGGGUUUGAAAGUUAUAUCUCGUGUUUAAAAUUCAUUCGAUGUCUUUUAACUCAGUAACCGAACUACCUCCUAAUUGCAACAAUAUUCUGACUGUUUAUUUCGCA